AUGGAUACGGCCACGGCGGAGUCCGCAGUCAGGUGGUCCACGCAGGUGAGGAAACUGAGUGCAGGACGGGGUAGGUACACUCUGACCGGUGAGACGGACAUUCCCGUGGGUCUUCUCGGGAAGAUGGAGAGGGGAAUCAGUCACUGGAAGGGCUCAAUCGUACAUUUUCGUCACUUCCCCACGACGAAUUCCAUCGGAAACUUCGGCAGACGGAGAUAUUCCAAUGCAGGCUUUGAAAAGAUCUUCCAGGUGAGUCGGGGGAAAAGGAGUCAUCUCACAUCCACGCGCGAAUUCAUAUCGUGUUCAGCGUCGGUCUCAAUCCUAGAAUAUGUCCUGAGGAGAUGGGGCGACCUUCGGUCGUCAUUGAGGGAACCCCGAUUCGUCCCUGUGGGGAACUCGGAAAUGGUUGUUUCACUGAUAGAAGAGUACCUGUCGUUUCCAACAAAUACCUUGUACAAGGUGAACGUGAUGGAAGCGAUCCCUGCUCCAGCCAUCACCAUCUGCCCCAGGAAUUCCAUCAGCAAGUACGCAGCUGAAACGUCAGAGCGCCACGACGGUGACUCCUUCUGGACGAAACAACUGCCACAUCUUUUGCGUGAAAUUGAAUUUUUCGAGGAGGUCCAUCUCGAACUCGAUUUCAUAAUGUCGAAUGACUACUACUGGGAAAAGAAGGGGAGUUGGACCCGACGGAUCUAUUUCGGUGCAUACGAUGAACACUAUUACGAAUGCUUCACCCUCAACAUCAAAGAACCUAUGAAGAUCGGAAGACAGAGUAUCUGCGGAAAUGGCGUCACUCGGCUUGGAAACGCUUUCCUCCUGUCUUUCGACCAGAUGCAGCAGAUUCAUCAUUCAAACAUACCGGAGCUUGAGAUCUACAUUCACGAAAAAGCUGAACCAUAUUCGGAUCUCCCGAUCCACGACGCGUACAAGAUUGUGAUGAAUAAUGGUUCCAUUGCAGAAGUCCUCAUCACUCACAGUGUCAUGGAGUUCCAAGACAAACAAGAAGCAUCAUGCAGCACCGAACCGAACCACAGUUACGUCAAGUGCAUGGAGGAGUGCUUCUUCCAGAAACUGCUUGCUGAUAAUCAAACGAAAUGCGUGGUGGAAGAGAUUCUUCCACCAUGGAAGAAUUUUUCCGUUCUGACUCCCAGAUGUGAAGAGAAAGAUGAAAAGGAAUUCCAGGGCUCACUAAAAUAUCAUGAAAAAUACUUGGAGGGAUGCAAAUGCAAAAGGCGAUGCAAAGUAUUGCGAUACACGAUUGACUUUCAUCCCACACCAACUUGCGAGGGUCAGGAAGGAAAUGCAAUCUUAUUCUUCACCUUCGUAUCCAAGCAGGUGGAAAUGUUUACGGAACAGCCAGCCAUGUCCAUCCUGGGAUUGAUGUCGAACAUCGGAGGCAUCGUGGGGAUGUGCCUGGGCAUCUCCCUCCUCAGUAUCUAUGACAUUCUGGAAGCUUUUGCUCUCACCCUUCAUAACCGAGUCGCGACCGCUCUUGGAACCGCGCGAUCCGAGGAUCGGGCAGCCUGUCCUCUUCGAACCCGGUGCCCCCUUCCUCCGUUGUGCAGACGCCUCGCAAACAUUAAGAAGCGUUUGCGACCCCGACGUCCUGAUAGCCUGUCAUCUGUUCGGUGGCUUUACCGUGGUCGAUCCGCGGAGCGGUCUGACGUCCCUCUUUGCAACGAGAGAGGGAAAGCUGCGCUGGACGAACUCGAGCCUCAUGAUCUGGCGUGGGAGCUUCAAGGGGUCUUGAAUGUGAUGGGAGUCAUCUCGGACUGUAACCUGGAAACCUCUCGUUGCGUCUCCUUGAUGCCGUCGCUCGGAAAAGAUCUCAAAUUCGACCGAGUCCGCGCCGAGACGUCUCUGCAGACCCUCAUGGGGGUUGCAGAGGACACGGUGCGAUACUACACGAUGGAUCGGGUCGACGCGACUCCCACCCUUCCGCCCUGCGCCCUCGAAGCAGGGUCGAGGUUGAACGGAUUUGCCAAGACGGUGAAGUUUGUUUAUUUUCUUCCAGAACCCAACAAAAGAAAUGCCUGCUUCAUUCCACCUGCUCGCAACACGGGCGACGUCCGCGGGUUUGCUGAGGGAAAGGACAAAGUCUGCGCCGGGUUAGUUGAGUUAGUGGGUGUGGGGAUUGAGUGCACGGAGGAGUUGCCUGGGGUCGUGGGGGGUGUUUUGGAAUGGACAGGAGAAGCCUGCCGCCCGGAGCGAGGUGAGGGGUUGGAGUAA